AAAUAUGUGUUGCAUUAUAUAGUUCUCUAAUUCACCGCUGUUUCAGCGUAGAGUGCGCCACAGACGAGAUCUAGUCAUUGACUAUGUAAUUAGCAUAGACUGGACAUCCAAUUUUUCGUGUCCAUGGUAUAGUGCGCCAAAAAACCAAGGUCUGGUCGAUAUUCCAGACCCUGAGAUACGAAGUUCCAUUUAAUGUCCAGUCUAUCCUAUUUCUAAUCAAUGGUAUUGUAUAUCAGGUCUAUUUUACGUAUAGUCAAUGAUUAAAAUUAAUACUCUUAUUUAUACGACGUUAAGUCCUGUUAAUUUUAUAUUAAUCAUAUAAGAAUUUCGACAUGAUUUCCAAAACUGUAUGCAUCACUCAAGAGGGUCCAGCAAAUGCAUUGGCACUUAGUAAAGACAAUAGUCAAGUUGUUAUAGCAGGACGUAAUGUUUUCAAAAUAUUUACUUUAUUAGAAGAUAGAUUUGAGGAAGCUUGUAAUUUACGUGUGGGAAAAAAUUUAAAUUUAAAUUUUUCUUGUAAUGAUGUUGCUUGGAAUCUUAUUGAUGAUCAUAUAUUAGCCACUGCAGCUACAAACGGUGCAGUAGUAGUAUGGAACUUAAAUAAAUCAUCCAGAUCCAAGCAAGAACAUGUUUUUAUCGAUCAUAAAAGGACUGUAAAUAAAGUAAGUUUCCAUAUGACAGAACCUAUGUGGUUAAUAUCAGGUUCUCAAGAUGGCACUAUGAAAUGCUUUGAUUUGAGAAUAAAAGAAGCUACUAAAACCUUUUAUAGUAAUACAGAAUCGGUGAGAGAUGUACAAUUUUGUCCCCAUUCACCUCAUACUUUUGCUGCUGUUUCUGAAAAUGGACAUGUGCAACAAUGGGACCUACGUAAACCAGACCGUUACUUUCAACAUUUUACUGCUCAUAGUGGUCCCAUAUUUGCUUGUGAUUGGCAUCCAGAAGCUGUUUGGCUCGCAACUGCCUCUAGAGAUAAAACUAUUAAGGUUUGGGACUUAUCAGGCAAACCAAGUUGUGAUUACGUUAUACAUACAAUAGCAUCAGUAGGUCGUAUAAAAUGGAGACCUCAAAGGAAACAUCAUAUAUCCAGUUGUGCCCUUGUAGUAGACUGUAGUAUAAAUGUAUGGGAUAUUCGUAGGCCUUAUAUACCUUUUGCAAGUUUUAAUGAACAUAAAGACGUCCCGACCGGUGUUGCAUGGAGAGGCAAUCCACAGUCUUUUUUGUCAACUAGUAGGGACUGUACAUUGUAUCAUCAUGUGUUCAAAGAUGCAACUAGACCUGCGAGUAAAGCAAAUCCGCAAGGUAUCGCGUUGAAUUCCAAAGGAGAUAUUGCAUAUGCUUGUAAAGUGAACGUUCAUGUUACAACUACAAUGAAGCAAUUAACCAAUAUCAUGAGGAAGACGCCAGCAAUGAAUGAUACGUUUUACAUGGCAUCUAGCGUCAUGCAUAGAUUUGCUAUAAAUAUGCCACGGGAACCGAAGUGGUUUAAAGCCUGUGCAGAAGGUUAUUUGCUUUCUGGAAGAUUAAAUGACAUUUGUGAUCAUAAUGCCAUUGUUGCCAGAAAUGCCGGUCGAAAUGAUAUCAGUACGGUGUGGAAUAUUAUAAAAACCCUAUAUACGAAUCCUCUGGGAGCUAUUUUAAAAACACCUCCGACCGCUUCCAAAGAGGAUAUAGUGAAUACACUAAAUUUAGCACAGAUUACAAUGGGACCUAGUAUAGAUCAAUCGAGUGCAGUACAUGAAAAUGAUGUAAAGUCACUGCAAGGAGAAGUGACAGGAGCAACCAGCGGAGGUGAUGAUGAGACAGAGACAGACGAAACACCGGAAAAUCAACAUUCCAUAGGAUCUAUGUUACCUAGCUACAGACGAGCGUUUAUUGAUCAUAAAGAGACAUCGAAAGGAGAUUUUUUAUUCGGUGAGAGUGACUUUGAACCAAUGAUUAUGGAGUAUACUUCCAGUUAUAUACAUAAUAUGAUAAAUAAUGACAAUGACUGGACAUUGUCCAAAGAAGCAUUUCCUUUGCGGCAUGAAAUAAAAGACAGAUCUCCACCACCGGAACAGUUUCCAAAUCAUCCGCCGGAUAUUAACGAAGACUGUGCUUCGUUGAUGAUCGAAGAUCAACCGAGUCAAUUGAUAGUCUCAAAUAUACCUAAACCGCAAUUUUGGGAUCCUACGAAUUUGAUCGAAGAAGCUUUAAAGCAUCAUGCUGCGCUUAGGGAUAUACAAACUUCCGCAUCGAUUCUUAUCGCGUUAGGAGAGAAACGAAAAAACUUGAACAUCGAAACUGCUGUUCAAGAACAUUGGAUAUUAGAAUACUUGGAUAUGCUUGCAAGAUUUAAACUUUGGAACGUGGCUACACAGAUUAUUCAAUCGGUCUGGAUUCCAUCUGUGUCACAAUUAAAUCAACAGUCAACUGUAAUACACGCGUGCUGUUCAACUUGUUCAAAACCGUUGCAACGUGCAGCGUGGUUUUGCGAUCGAUGUCACACAUCUCACCACGCGCUCUGCUCAGUUUGUCACCAGGUUGUUCGGGGAAUUUACGCGUGGUGCCAGGGUUGUACACACGGUGGUCACGUUGUUCACAUGAACGAAUGGUUCAGUUGUAAUCGACAAUGUCCUACAGGAUGCGGUCAUAUAUGCGAAUACACUUAAAGAUAUUGCGGU